AUGGACCUCAGGAAGCUGGUAACAGGAAUAUUGCUUAUAUUACAGACUAUAGUUGGAAUUGUGGGAAAUUUCUCUCUUCUUUCCCACUACCUAGUUGUUUACUACAACAAAUUCACAUUAAAGCCCAAAGAUUUGAUUCUCGUGCAUUUGAUCAUAGCCAACUCCAUGAUUAUUGUCUCUAAAGGAAUUCCUUGUAUAAUGGGAGUUUUGGAGUUGAAACAGUUCUUCAGUGAUUUUGGCUGUAAACUUCUUUUGUAUACUCAAAGAGUUGGCAGGAGCAUGUCCAUUGGCACCGCCUGCCACCCGAGUGUCUUCCAGGCCAUCACCAUCAGCCCUGGGAACUCCUGCUGGAAGAAUUUUCAAAUCAAAGCCAAAACAUACAUUGACCACUCCAUGUGUCUCUGCUGGGUCCUGCACAUGACAGUACAUUUCAUCUUCCCGGUUUAUGCACGUUUCAAAGGGAACAGCAACAACAUGACAGAAAAGUGGGAUUUUGAAUUCUGCUCCUUUGUGGGUCGUGAUAAAAUUGUGGACACACUGUAUGCAGCUUUAUCAGUAUUCCCUGAAGUUGUGUUUUCCAUGAUCAUGGCCUGGUCCAGCGGCUCCAUGGUUGUCAUUCUGUACAGACACAAGCAGCGUGUUCAAAGCAUCCACAGCUCUCAUGCUUCCCACAGAACCUGCCCCGAGUCCAGAGCCACCCAGAGCAUCCUGGUCCUGGUGUUCAUCUUUCUCACAUUUUACACUCUCUCCUCCAUCUUGCAAGGUUGCAUUGCUGUUUCAUCUAAUCCGUCUUGGUGGCUGCUGAACAUCACAGCAGUCAUGUCUAUGUGUUUUCCCACUUUGAGCCCCUUUGUUUUGAAUCCUAACUCCACUGUGAUACCAUUCUGCUUUGCCUGGAUGAGAAAUAAAAAAUUCCCAUAA